UAGAGAGGCCGACCAGGAACCGUAAAGGCCGUCAGUUCCUUGCUUUUCGGGUCCAACUCGAUCUGUCAGAAUGCGAACUUCAAAUCCACGCUGGAAAUGUAAAAUGUUUGGUCGAUUCUGGACAGGAUUCCGUCGAUACUCGGCAGCGGGCCUCGACACUACCGUCGUCCGGUUGCUCCACGGGCUCAUGCUCUCCUCGAUGACUCCGAGCGCUAGCAUCUUGUCCACCUCAUCCUCGACAACCUUCUGCUUCGCUGGAGACAUGGGAUAUGGACGAUCCUUGAAGACCUUGGCUCCCUCGAUCAGCUCGAUCGUGUGCUUCUCCAAAUUAGUCGUACCCAGACCAUCCUUCUCAAAUGUGAGAAACACCUCCUGGAUCUCAGCGAGCUGUCGUGCGUCGGCUCCGGAUAAGGUCCAGGAUUCGGGAUCCGGCUUUUCCUCGUCGUCAUCUUCCUGUAGCUCGACGCGUCCUAUAAUCGAGCGGUCUUCUCCAGACGCCGUGCGGACCACGGAUAGGUACUUCUGGAUUGGCACAUCCAACGCUUCGACCAUCUCCCUACAACCUUUACCCAGCAGGCUGACACUCGCUCCAGUGUCCAAUAAUCCAGUCAGCUGUUGGGUCAGGAUCCGGACUUCAGCGAAUGGUCGAGGGUCUCCCGUUCCACUGCGCUUCACAGCGGCAACCACUUCUCGCCUCCUCGCUCGUCUCUUCCGGAAUCGAUCCCUGGCCUUCUGGACUUUCCGAGACACCAAUCUCAUCCCGCCCAAUUGA